AUGGCCGCCAGGUGCCCCCCGUUCCAGCAUCUGUUAUUAAAACCACACGGAUCUGCGGUGUCGGACACGGUGUCCCGCGUGUUCCUGUACAGCUCCUGCGCCCGCCGCUUCCUGGGCCGCCAGCACUUCGUGGCCGGUCGAUUCCUCCCCUACGACGUGCAGAAGAAGUUCGAGCUCAACCCACCCGAGUACCCCGGCACUGAGUGCGUGGUGGCCCUGACAGGGGGCUCUUUGCCCCCCCUGCCGCCCUCCGCCCCUGCAGAGAAGCCCUACAUGGUGCUGCACCCCAAGGCGAAGGUGCGGGUGGCCGGGCAGGAGGUGACUUUCUGCUGCAAAGCUUCGGGCACCCCCGUGCCCAAGAAGUACUACUGGUACCACAACGGGACGCUGCUGGAGCGGAAGCCGGUGGACCUGGACGGCAGCCAGAGCAACGCCAUCCCGCUGGGGGAGGCGAGUGACCGGGAGCCGGUUGGGGAGCUCAUCCUUCCCGCUGGUGCCUUCCUCCGUCCCUCUGGGGAGGUCUUCAGGGGCACGGUCAAAGCCAGCGUCACCUUCCUAGACCCCAGGGACAUGGCGAUGGCCAGCGCUGCCUCCAGUGACCUCAGCUUUGCCAACGCUGAGGGGGAGAUCGUCCCCCUGCGGACCUAUGGCAUGUUUGCCGUGGAUUUUCGGGAAGGGGAGAGUGGCGCGGCACUGCAGACGGGGCCGGUGGAAGUGCGGAUGGACGCGGGGCAGGUCCAGAUGCUGGAGCACCUGCAGAAGAUGAAGCUGUGGUCCUUGAACCCUGAGACCGGCUUGUGGGAGGAGGAGGGGGACCUCCACCCGGCUGGGGGGAGCCGGGGGAAGAGGGAGGAGAGGACCUUCCUGGUGGGGAACCUGGAGAUCCGGGAGCGGCGUCUCUUCAACCUGGACGUGCCGGAGGACCGCCGCUGCUUCGUCAAGGUCAGGGCUUACAGCAAUGAGAAGUUCAACCCCUACGAGCAACUGGAAGGGGUGGUCAUCAGCCUCAUCAACCUGGAGCCCCAGCCCGGCUACCCCGCCAACCCCCGGGCAUGGGGCCGCUUCGACAGCGUGGUGACGGGUCCUAACGGCGCCUGCCUGCCCGCUUUCUGCGACAGCCAGCGCCCCGACGCCUACUCGGCGUAUGUCACUGCCACGCUGGGCGGGGAGGAGCUGGAAGCCGUGGCCUCCAGCCCCAAGCUCAACCCCAAUGCCAUCGGGGUGUCCCAGCCCUACCUGGGCAAGCUGGGCUACCGCCGGUCAGAUCACGAUGACCCCAACUUGAAGAAGACAGCUUUCCAAAUCAACGUGGCCAAGCCCGACCCCAACAACGUUGAUGAAACCAAUGGUCCCAUCUACCCUUACCGCAGCCUCGAGGAGUGCGAGAAGGCGCCGGUCAGCGCCAACCACCUCCGCUUCUACCGCGUGGAAGUGGACAAGUACGAGUACAACGUGGUGCCCUUCAAGGAGAGUGACCUGACUUCUUGGACCGGUGACUACCUCUCAUGGUGGCCCAACCCUCAGGAAUUCAGGGCUUGUUUCAUCAAGGUGCAGAUUGAGGGGCCGCAGGAGUACAUGGUGAGGUCCCGUAACGUGGGGGGCAGCCACCCCCGCACCCGGGGGCAGCUCUACGGGCUGCGGGACACCCGUAGCGUGCGGGACAUGCUGCUGGAGAACACCUCGGGCGCCUGCGUGGAGUUCAAGUGCAGCGGGAUGCUCUUCGACCAGAGCCUGGUGGAUCGCACCUUGGUCUCCAUCAUCCCCCAGGGCAGCUGCCACCGCACGGCCGUCAACAGCCUCCUCCGGGAGUACCUGAGCCGUCACCCGCCCGUGGCAGAGAGCAACCACACGGCCGCCUUCACCAUGCUGGCACCAGUCGACCCUCUGGGUCACAACUAUGGCAUCUACACGGUGACGGACCAGAACCCGCGGUUGGCCAAGGAGAUCGCCAUCGGCCGCUGCUUUGAUGGCACCUCUGACGGCUUCUCGCGGGAGAUGAAGGCGGACAUGUCGAAAAUCUGA